AGGAGACCCUAUACCUGUGAUGGCGAACUUAUGGCAUGCGUACCAGAGGUGACAUGCAGCACCCUCUCUGUGGGCACGCGAACUGUCACCCCAGUUCAGCUCCACCAUGCAUGGCCAUGGGGAACAAAAAGAGUUGGGAUGUGGAGCUCAAUGGGACUGUGAUUGUGCCGGAGACCAAGGCAAAACCACGGAAGGGGAAGGAUGAACUAGAAGAAAGAGGCCAGUGGACCAACAAAGUAGAGUAUGUGCUUUCUGUGGCCGGAGAGAUCAUCGGAUUGGGAAAUGUUUGGCGAUUUCCUUAUCUCUGCUACAAGAACGGAGGUGGGGCCUUCUUAAUUCCAUAUGCCAUCUUUCUCUUUAUCUGUGGAAUUCCAGUCUUCCUCUUGGAGACAGCCUUGGGACAAUACACCAGUCAAGGAGGAAUCACUGCCUGGAGAAAGAUCUGUCCUAUCUUUGAAGGAAUUGGAUAUGCUUCACAAGUGAUUGAAUCUUAUCUGAAUAUUUAUUACAUUGUCAUUCUGUCUUGGGCCCUAUUUUACCUCUUCAACUCCUUCUCAGCUGUAUUACCCUGGUCCAAUUGCAACAACUACUGGAACUCAGAAUACUGUGUGGACGGUCUGAAUGUCUCCGAUUCUGGGAAUAAUACUAAUGCCACUUCUCCAGUUAUCGAGUUUUGGGAGAGGCGAACGCUGAAAAUAACAGACGGUCUUCACAAUCUGGGCACUGUGCGCUGGGAGUUGGCUCUCUGCCUCUUGCUGGCCUGGAUCAUCUGCUAUUUCUGCAUCUGGAAAGGAGUCAAGUCCACUGGCAAAGUAGUCUACUUCACUGCCACUUUCCCUUACCUAAUGUUGAUUGUGCUGCUAAUUCGAGGAGUCACGCUCCCUGGGGCUUUAGAUGGAAUUAUAUUCUACUUAAACCCAGACAUUUCCAGAUUGGCUGAUCCUCAGGUAUGGAUGGAUGCAGGCACUCAGAUCUUCUUUUCAUAUGCCAUUUGCCAAGGAUGCUUGACAGCUCUUGGCAGCUACAACAAAUAUAACAACAAUUGUUACAGAGAUUCCUUCAUGCUCUGUUUCCUGAACAGUGCCACAAGCUUUGUGGCAGGCUUUGCCAUCUUCUCUGUCUUGGGCUUCAUGGCGCAGGAACAAGGUGUCCCCAUUUCAAAAGUAGCUGAAUCAGGUCCUGGCCUAGCAUUUAUUGCUUACCCCAAAGCAGUAACCAUGAUGCCUAUAUCUCAGCUGUGGGCCUGUUUGUUCUUCCUUAUGUUGAUCUUCUUGGGGCUGGACAGUCAAUUUGUCUGUGUCGAAAGCUUGGUGACUGCCAUCGUUGACUUGUUCCCGGAAGUUUUCCGUAAGAAAGGACGUAGGGAGCUGCUGAUCCUGGGCAUUGCUGUGAUCUGCUAUCUCAUUGGCUUGCUGCUGGUCACGGAGGGUGGGAUGUACAUCUUCCAGCUGUUUGAUUAUUACGCAGCCAGCGGCACCUGUCUUCUCUUUCUUGCCAUCUUUGAAGUCAUCUGCAUUGCGUGGGUUUACGGAGCUGAUCGUUUUUAUGACAAUAUUGAAGAUAUGAUUGGCCACAAACCCUGGCCCCUGAUUAAAUACUGCUGGCUCUACCUCACACCUGGUCUUUGUCUGGCUACCUUCCUGUUUUCACUCAUUAGAUACCAACCGCUCAAAUACAACAAUGUUUAUGAAUAUCCUCCGUGGGGGACUGCAGUAGGUUGGGUGUUGGCCUUGUCCUCUAUGAUCUGCAUACCGUCCUACAUUAUAUUCAGCUUCCUGAAAACCAAAGGAUCUGUCAAAGAGCGCUUAUGCCAGCUCACUACUCCAUCAGAAGACUUGCCCCAGCCAAAGAAGCAUCUGAUGGGCACUUCUGGUUGGGAAUGUCCUGAAAUGGGAUCCCAGCAUCCAGUCAAGGACGUGCUUGGCAAGACAGGGACGGAAACCAACUUCUAGGGCUUCCUGACAUUCUGGAAGACUCUCUUCAUAUUUCUGAAGACUUCUGCUUAUAUCCAGGCUGAGUUUCUUCUGAGGUCUUCCUUAUUCUCUUAAGAUGUCAGCAAUUUCUAAGAACGGAUCACUGGAUGGAAAAGAACCAACCCUUGUUUUUCCAUCAGCACAAGAGGACCUGUAAAACCAUCGCGGUGAGGAUCACAGCUCAAGAUCUCCACGAAACCCUUCUCCUUGACAUGGUUGGAGAAUGGAGCUAUCACUUGUGAAUGCUGCAUAUGCACUCUCUAUCCUUGAAUGGUGUUGUGUUCUGUUUGCAAGAAUUAAGUACGCAGCACGAUCAGGUUACCUGAAAACUCAUCCUGUUGAAGCUGACUCAUCCUUUCUUUAAUCAUUCUUCCACUGCUACCUCCACUCUUUGAUACAAAUGGUUAACAGUUCUGUGAAAAAAAAAACCUAAUCCAGGAACCUCUGAGAUUAGCCAAAAGUGUACUCUGUGACAGCAGGAUGAAUACGUCUUGGACAAGUUUGAUGGAUUACUUUUUUUUUUCUAUUGUUCUCAAUGGUUUACAUAAAUCUGCUACAGGUGAGGGCUUCUUUCAACAAACAUCAUACCCAUCUAUUUUGACUUUCUAAAUUAAAGUUGAUUGAACAACCUCUCCGACUGGUGACAGCCCAGAGGAGAGUAAAGUGGCGAAUUGGAAGCAAAAUAAUUUUGUGAGAUACUGCCUUCACAUUCUCUCCUUUAUCUUUUGGAGAAAAGAUUGGCACUGAAAGACUGACAGUCUUUCAGUUUGAAUAUACCUCAUCUGACACUGCUCCGUGUGGCAUCCUUGAGUGGUUGGAAAACUAGAACAAAAAAAAUGUGACUCGCAUGGGAAAUGCUGUAAAAAGGAAAUGCCAAAAUUGCCUUAGUGUGUGUGGGAAACACAUAAGAAAUCAUCAACUUGAGAAUGACCCACUCCUGGACACCUAUCUUGGCACAGAGAUCAAAAACUUGCAUAUGAUUUAUAAUGCAAAAGUAAAAAAAAUAAGAAAUGCAACUUACAAUCAGCCGGAAGAACGCAAGUUGUGCAGAGUGAGCUGGUUUGCCUGCCUUUAUUUCUUAUGUAACUGCUCUAUUUGUUUUUAAAAGACAAUUUAAUAUGCUCUUAUGCAGCACAAACGUCCUCAGAAUUUCUCCCAUGGCAUUUUAGUACUCCUACAAAUUGACAGAAUUCUUUGUUUCUCUGCAUCUGCUUUCAGAAAUGCCCUGUGUCCCAAGCAAUGCAGCUUCCAAGAAUCUGUAUGUACUAUUGAAGUCAUUGUCCCUUGCUGUAAUAGUGCUUGUGAAUUUGACUUUUCAGCAGAGGUGUUUCUGUAAGGUAUAAAAAAAAGUCAAAACGAUGACCUUAAUUGUAUAAUUAAAGCCUUGCCCCCCUUUUUACAUGUGUUGCACAAGUGAUGCAUGUAAAAAAAAGGGGUGGGGCUUCAUGAGUGUGCUUGUAGUCCCCAUUUGGAUUGCCACUGACAGCCCUGCUUCCAGCCUACCUUUAAAUAAUAUAGCCCAAAGCAGGAAAUUUUCUAUUGUUAUCAGAUUGCACGAUGCUAUUUCAGACUGCAGGAGAAACAUGGAACUAAGAUCUCCCUUUAAGCUUUAGUUGAGAUGAAAUUAAAUGUUAUAUUCCUUAUCUGAGAGUAAGUAUAUCGAACCGAUCAGGGGUGUCAAACUGGCAGCUGUGGGCCAGAUGCAUCACGUGCAGACCACGCCCACCGCAGCUCCGCGAAAGGGGAAAACGUCGCAAAAUGUCACAUGACAGCAAUGAGACGCGGCAAGCUUGACACCCGUGGUAAAGGUAGUCCUUGACUUACAACCACAAUUGAGCCCAAAAUUUCUAAUUUGCUAAGUGAAACCAUUUGUUAAGUGAGUUUUGCCCGGUUUUACAUCUUUUCUUGCCCUAGUAGUUGCCGUUGUUAAGUUAGUAACACAGUUGUUAAGGGAAUCUCGGUUCCCCGUUGUCUUUACUUGUCAGGAGGUUACAAAAGAAGAUCACAUGAUCCCAGGGCACUGCAGCCAUCAUAACUAUGAAUCGGUUGCCAAGUGCCUGAGCUUUGAUCACGUGACCAAUGGGGAUGCUGCAACAGUUGCAAGCGUGAAAAACUGUCAUAAGUCACUUUUUUCAGUGUCGUUGCGACUUUGAACGGUCACUGAAUGAACUGUUGUAAAUUGAGGAUUUCCUGCCCUUGAAAGAAAAAAAAAUCAAGGCAUUUCACAAUAAUUUGCUGGGUUUGAUUUUUAUCACACACAAUAGCCCACAACAAGUUUCUGAAGAAUAAUUAACUUUUCCCAGUCCACAUUUGCCCUAAAGUAGGGGUGUCAAACUCAAUUUCAUUGAAUGCUGCAUCAGGGUUGCGUUUGACCCCGGGGAGGGCUGAGGCGGGGUUGGCCAGGAUGGGUGUGGCCAGCAUGAUGUCACUCGUGUUGGGGGCGAGUGGUGGCCUGUGGAGGCCCGAGCGCUCUGCCAGUGAAAAUGGGCUCCCGAGCUCCGUUUUCAGCUGCGAUGGCCUCCUGCAACCCUCUGUCUGCAAAAACAGAGCUUGCGGGGGGGCGGGCACACAUGGCCCUUGCAAGCUCUGUUAUCACCUGAGAUGGCCUCCUGCAACCCUCUGCCAGCAAAAACGGAGUUUGGGAAGGCCAUGCGUGGCCCUUACGAGCGCCAUUUUCAUUGGCACAGGCUCCUCAGGCCAGUCCUUCACUAUUUCCAGGGUGGCUCUGUGGGCCAGAUCUAAGCACCCCGCAGGCCAGAUUCAGCCCCCAGGACUUGAAUUUGACUGCCCUAAAGAGUUUCUAACCUGGCAAAGUAUUCCACAAUGCCUUCUUUCAAGUGUAACUUCUCUUUGCCCUAGCUUCCUCCUUCCAUAGCCAGAAGUGUUAUCUCAUGUCUAGGGACUACAACUGCCAGAAUGUUAUGCCAGUUUAAUAACUAUUAUAACUGGAAGUCCAGACUGACUAACGGGAGGAUCUAAGAUUAGAAAAAAGGGCUGAAUAAAGUGGUCAUAGAAAUGGGAUAAAAGAAACCUCACCUCAGAGAUAUUUUACUAGAUGAGUACUCAAAUCCUCUGUCUGAAAUAAAAUUCCCUAUACCACCAGGCUUGAAAUUUUAGGCCUGGAUGGCCUUGAAUUACGCUAUCUACAUUCCGACCUAAGCUUAGUACACAAGAUUAUUUACCAUAAUCUUGUCCUGCCUGUGAAUGAGUACUUUAAUUUCAACCGUAAUAACAUAAGGGCUAACAAUAGAUUCAAACUAAAUGUAAUUCGCUCUAAUCUUGAUUGUAGGAAAUAUGACUUCUGCAAUAAGUAGUAAAUGUCUGGAACACUCUACCUGAUCCUGUUGUUAGUCUCUCUAACCCCCUCUCUAAACUGUCUACCGUGGACCUUUCACAUUUCUUAAGAGGUCCCUAAGGAGGCAUGCAUAAGCGCACCAGCAUGCCUACCGUCCCUGUCCUACUGUUUCCAUUUAUUUAUAUGUACCCGCACAUCUGGUGUUGCUUCCAUUGCAUGUUCAGUGAGAUGAGGAUAGAGCUAAGUCUAAUUGAACAUAUUAAGAUUCAUUCACAGAUGUAUCAUGGCUAUGUUUGUAAACUUGAGCUAUCUGCUUCAUCAACCAAAAAGAGAACAUUUCAACGAAACCUACUCAGGCAAUUGGGGUCUCUGAGAACUAGAUGGACUCUAGUAAUCUUCCAAUAUUUCAGGGCUGUCCACAGAGAAGAAGGGGUUGACCUAUUCUCCAAAGGUCCUGAAAGCAGGACAAGAAGCAAGGGAUGGAAGCUUAUCAGAGAGAGAGAGAGAGAGUUCCAACCUAGAAUUAAGGAGACAUUUUCUGUCAGUGAAAACAAUUAAUGGAUGGAAUGGCUUGCCUUCAGAAGUUGUGGGUGCUUCAUCCCUGGAGGUUUUUAAGGGGCCUCUUGUGGCUCAACAGACUAAUGCAGUCUGUUAUUAACACAGCUGCUUGCAAUUACUGCAGGUUCUAGUGCCACCAGGCCCAAGGUUGACUCAGCCUUCCAUCCUUUAUAAGGUAGGUAAAAUGAGGACCCAGAUUGUUGGGGGCAAUAAGUUGACUUUGUAUAUAAAUAUACAAAUAGGAUGAAGACUAUUGCUAACAUAGUGUAAGCCGCCCUGAGUCUUUGGAGAAGGGCAGGAUAUAAAUGCAAAUUAAAAAAAAAAGAAGAAGAGAUUGGACAGCCAUUUGUCCCGAAUGGUAUAAAGUCUCCUGCUUGAGCAGGUGAUUGGACUAGACCUCCAAAGUCCAGAAUAACUUGGGUAUUUUCUGUAUUAAUCUCCAUUAUCUAUAAUCCUUGAUCAAUGUGCUUUGUAAACUACGUAUUAGUUUACUUGGAAGGAGGAAAGGGAUUUUAAUGAGUAUAGGUGCAUGGUGACCUUAUGACUGUCAUUCAUUCAUUCAUUCGAUAGAAAUUUUAUGAUUGAGAUAGGAACUCUUUCCCAUCAACAUUCCUUUCACAGACAUUUUUCGUGCAGAGGAUUCCUCCUGUCAGACCAAAUUAAUACGCUUUGGUUUCUUCCAAUUUUUAAUUUUUCUGAUUUAAUGCUAUAUUGUGUUUCUGAUCCUUUGAUUUUUUUUAAAAAAAAUCAAUGAAAACAAUACAUCUUUUGUAUUGUAAUGUAAUGCAUUUUACAAAUUUUGUCUAAUAAGCACACAUUUUAUUAAAAAAAGAUCUUUAUAUUUGCCAUGCAUGUUCACCAAAAUAUGCAUUUUUGUAUGCCCUGUAUCAUGCUAUGUGCAUUUUCGAUGCCUUUUUUAUAAAACAAAACAAAAACAGAACUGCAUUGUAGAAUAUGGAAAACUGUAAAUGGCAAUGGGUAGCAGUUUCAUUUGGCAUAUUGACUGGAAAGAAAAAACAGAUUUGUCUGUGUGAAAAUAUGAACUAAUGACAUAUCACAUAUGUACUAUGUAACUUAUACAUUCCAAAUUGUCCACUAUGAAGCAAAAUCAUAAGAAACAUUCUUGUCUUCAGCGUCUUCAUGCAAAUAAGAUAAUCCAUGUAAAGUUACCAAUUUACUAUUUAUUUAUUUUUUAUUAGCCCUACUUCUGGCCUGCCACAAUAUUUUGACUUGCAGAUAUUUAGCAAGUGAAUGGCUUCUAUCCCAGUUUGGUCCAGGUCUGGAAGUCAACCAACCUUCCAUCUGUAAUUAUCUUCCAAUCCAUUCCAAUUGGUCAGUUCACUGCAUCCAAAGAGAACCUCUGUAUAAUUCAUGAUGCUCAUUUCAAUGUGAAUGCCCCUCAUCUAUUAACAUUGCCUCUGUAUUUAAAUGGGAGAUGAUCACGAUUGAGAAAUUUCUCCAAAAUACCUUCCAUGGAAACUAUGUUAGCUUCCUCCUUUCUGAGUAUCUUGAGCUAUAUUUCAUGAGUGUGCAUUAUGUAUAGGUGCUAAUUCUUUGUACAUAAGAUACAGUCCCAUUUCCUUUUAUGUCCCAUUUCGAAAAGUCCCAUUUAUGAAGGCAAUGGUUGAAAUUUCUUUUAGUGUGGGUUCUUCUGGAAGUCAGAAACUGAUCUGUGGCUAAGAAAGAAAUGUGGUAAUUAAUUAGUAGCUGAUGGCACUGAAGCUUUUGAGCCAUAAACUUGGAUAUUGAACGUGCUUCAUUUUCACAACUUGAGAACCUUUGGCGAUUACAAAAGGUUAGGUGAACUCCUCAGCUGAUUUGUUGCCUCAUCAAAAUUAGUCACUUUGCUAUGAUUUGUUGGGGGCAGCUAAAAUUAUUGAUAGAGUAGAUCUAUAAUUGGCCUUCAACCUCUGCACAGAUGCUGGUAGAGCCGGAAAUGGGCUAAUAAAUUUUAAAGUGAGAGCAUUCUGCUUUCACUAGAAAUAAACUAGAGGUACAUGCUCCUUGGCCAUUAUUAUGUGCUACAGCUCAGAUAAAUAAUAUUGUGCCAACAAGGUAGCCAUGCUGAUACUAAAGACAUAAAUGAAAGUUAUGAGAAAUAUUUUAGUGCCUAUGAUCUGUUAAAAACUAUGAAAGUCAUGCUAAUCAUAAAAAUCUGAAACUUCAUGUAACAAAUGCGGGCCAAAAUCUGUAUGUAUGAAAAUUCACACAACAUGUAUUUUUGUGGAAGGGAUGGGGGGAAACUGAUGAAAACAUUUUUUGCUGUCCAGCCUUGUUCCAAACAGAAAACUAGGCUGUAUCUCUCAAUCGUGUUUAUUUUCAAAGAAUGCUGAUGUGGAGACCAGAAGCAAUUGUGAAAAUAAAGAAUUUCACAGAAAACUGUUUUGUCAU